AUGUCGAAAACAACGAAAAGUCUAUUCGCUAUAACUGAUGAUGAACUGUUAGUUGAAGAAGUGAGUAAAAACCGUGUGUUGUAUGACAGUUCGCACGAGAAACAUAAAGAUGUCAAUUUUAAAGAUGUAAUUUGGAAUAAUAUUUCUUCCGUUGUUGGGCAAUGUGCUGAAGAUUGCAAAAAACGUUGGCGAAACAUACGAGAUACGUAUAUGAGACAUAAGAAAAAACUCGGGACUGGAUCGUCAGCAUUAGCAAAAAAGAAAUGGUUUUUGGCUGACAGUUUGACAUUCUUGAACAACGUAGAAUACGAAAGAAAUACAACAACAAAUAUAAAUGCGAGUGAUACAACGACAAAUGAUACAACAACAAAUGUUAAUACAAAUGAUUCUUUUAUGGAUUUCUUAAGUGAAGAAAGUAGUGAGUUAUUCGAUGAAGAUAAUACUACUGAAAAAUCCACUAAAGAGCCAAAUUUUAAGGAAUUUCAAAAACCAAAUAAAAAAUUUAAAUCGAAGUACAACAAAAAAGAUUUUUCAAAACACCAAUCGGAAAGAACUGUUAUUAUUCAAAAUUUACACAAACAAAAUGAAACAAUUUUAAAUAAAGUGACUAACAAUGAUGAAACCGAUUUAUUUUUCCAAAGUAUUGCGGCUAUGGUGAAAAAACUACCUCCUAGAGGCAUAAGUGAGGCAAGACUUCAAAUUUUAAAAACGAUAUCAGAACUCGAAGACAAGUAUUUGAUUAAUCCUCAUAUACCUACCCCGGGGGCAUUUUCAACAACCACUGUUUCUGAAUAUGAUUACAACAUAGCACAUUCAAGUUCUACAUCAUCAUGUCAAAGUUUGUCAUCAAACUCACAAGGAUUUGCGCCAUUUGUAUACGAAAAUAAUUUUACAAAUCAAUAA